AUGCCGUAUGCUCCGACACUCAAGUGCAGAACCACGGGGAGAUGCAGGCGCCACGUGACAGGGGACAUUCAGGUGUCGAACACACAAGGUUAUCACGUGAGAAAUAGUGAUGGCUGCUUCUCUCGGCAACCUCGUCAAAAUGGUGGCACGUUUGUCAGAUGUAACCUGUUAUCUAUGGGAAAGAAGAAUCGCCCAGUGUCUAAUGGCACCAAUGGAAACCAAGACUAUGUUGCCAAACCUCCGAGUCCAUCACGGGCCAAACACAAAAAGUCAUCAAAUGGUGUUCCACAAUAUCUUCAGAUAGCCACAGUAGGUGUCUUGGUGGCUGCGGUGGGCGCUUAUCUUGUGUUUUUGUAUGUCCCAGAAUCAUACUUAACUUCUUUAAUUCCUGGAGACCUAAAAAGCUCCGAAGUGCCUCAUUUUACACCAGACUCUAAACACUCACAACAGUCAAAAUCAUCAUCAAGGUCAUCACCUGAAUCAUCGUCACAACAAAAAACAUCGGCGUCAUCAUCAAAACCCUCCACAGAGUCAUCAUCAUCGCAUACAAAAAAAAGUGCUCAGAACUCCUCAGAUAAAUCGUCUGACAAACCAUCGGGUAAAUCCAAGUCUACAGGUGGAUGGCAGUUGGCAAGCGAUGAAACCAAUCGUCAGUUUGAUUCCACGCUUUGUACUAUUGACCGACUUUCGGCUCUUGAUCUUACUAGUGAGCAGUUUGAGAGAAGUUAUAGAUAUAAGAAACCUGUAAUAGUGACCUUUCCUAAUGGAGCCAAGGACUGGACACAGCCUGACCGGUGGUCAGUGAAGAGUCUCAAACGCGAGUAUGGCAAGUGGUCAGUUCUGUAUGGAAACUCACUAGAAAUAGUACGAAGGGGAGGAAAUGGUCACAUGACUACCUCGUUUACUGAUUAUGUAGAUAAGCUGAUGAAGGACAGAGAUGCUAUGGGAGAUCCCUUCUACAUCUUUGACCGAAGUUUCUACAAUGAUUCAACUCUGCCGAAAACUUUAAAACCGCCAAAAUAUUUCGAAAUCAAGGAUGGUGUAGAUGACAGUAUAUUUUUCAUGGGAGCAUCCAGCAGUGGUGUUAGUUUCCACAAACAUGCUGAUGCCUGGAAUGGUGUUAUCUUUGGCCGAAAGAGAUGGUUCUUGUAUGACAUUCAUCAAACACCACCAGGAGGUGUGUACCCCGGGUUUACACAAAAUGAAUGGUACAAAAAACUUUACCCUUACCUGGAUGACGCUCUCAAACCACAGGAGUGUGUACAGGAGGCAGGGGAAAUACUCUACUUGCCGGAAGGAACAUAUCAUGGUACGAUAAAUUUGGGGGACACUGUGGCUGUAGGUAUACAGAAGAAACGAGCCAGAACCAAGGAGGAGCGUCUGUUCUAUGAGGAACUAGCAGUCUCCAAUGAACUAGGUGGUACUUCCAGUUCAGAUGAGAAAAAAAAGAAAUUGGAGUCAAGAAAAAUUCAGAUUUACAGCAAACUUGCACAGUUACUACCAGAUAAUGCUGAGGUGAAGAUGAAACAAGGACAGAUGUAUUUUGAUUUACAGCGAUUUCGGGAUGGAUUGGAAAAUACACAGAAAGCUAUUGACCUUGACCCUAAUUUUGUCAUCGCUCAUCUUAACAAAGGCAAAAUACUUACACAGCUGAAGAAAAACAAAGAGGCUGAAGCGGCCUACAAAAAGGCCUUGGCUUUGAACCCUGACCUCUGGGAUAUCCAUGCUGCCAUGGGAGACUUUUUCCUGCAAAAUGGCCGCCCUGCCGAAGCUGUUCCACACUUCAAAAGGGGUACAGAAUUACAGCCAGACAUGAUGCCAUUCUGGUUGUAUCUCCAACAAGCACAACAACAAGCAGGAGACAAACAAGCUGCCAUGAUCACUGCUCAAAUCCUCAACAAGCUACGCCUGAAAAACAUGAAAACUGAACACCUACAGCCUGUCAAGAAAUCUGGAUAG